CGAGAAUUAAAAUUUAAAAAACCAAAAAAAAAACAACGAAUAAACAUUAUUGUAAAAUUAAAUAUAGACUUCUUAUCACAUGACCUACACAUUAUCAAAAUGGCGGCACCACUGUCAGUAGCGAAACUUACUUCAUGUGCAGUAUAUAUUUUAACAAUAUUGUGCCAUGGCUGCUCCUCUGCAAAUUACUAUGUUGGUGCAGGUAUUGCUGAUAUUACUGGACCAGCAGCUGAAAUUAAUAUGGUAAAUAAAUAUAUAUAAUUGUACGCUUGACGUUUCCCCCAUGCCCAUUCUACCGUGUUUUUGCAAACUACUUUUUUGCCCAUGGCCACUAUCUUUUAAAUAUGCAGCAAGAAGUGUCAACAACUUAUGGUAACUUCUGGUUCUGGUAGUGUUCGUUGCUGCAUCCAUAUACUGGCAUCUGUGCAAUGGUUGGGUAAGCGAUUUUGCUAUUCUAACAGCUCCUAGCAGAUGCCAGGAAAUUUCAUGCCCCAUUUGUCCGCCCAAUUCAUAAGGCACUUCAAAUCUGCUUGAAGGUGGUUGUGGUCACCAUAGCCGUUUAUCUCUCUGUAGACAAGACAGUCAUCUGCAAACAGCCUGACUUGAGAUUUUACAGUAUCAGGGAGGUCGUUUAUGUGACAGAGAAAGAGAAGGGGGCCCAGCACUGUGCCUUGAGAAACUCCUGAGUCUACAGUGGCUUUCCCUGAUCGGAAUGUUGAGAGCCAGGAGUGAACGUUGCCGGUAAUGUGUAGUGGUGGAGCUUGUGUAGAAGAAGGCUAUGUGGAAGAGUGUCGAAGGCCUUGGAGAAUUGCCAUAUCGACCUGGGUACCUUUGUCAUAGGAGGCAAGGAGGUGGGAAUAAUUAAUUGAGUUUCUGUUGAGAAUCCAGAGCGGAAACCGUGGUUUAGGUUGGUCAAAAUGUUGUGUUUCUGACCUAAUUUCAGCUGGUGCAUUAAUUUUGCCUUUAACGUAGCAACUUUGUUGUAUUUGUAUCCCUUUACUCACUUUACUUUUAGAUAUGCAGCAAGACGUGUCAACUACAAUAUUUGUGCUACAGUUACUGUGGUGGGAAAAGAGUUAUUAAAAAAUAAAAAUUAAUAAUUGUAAAAUAAUGAAAACCUAACUGACAGUUUCAUAGAAUAUACUUUUACACUUACACAUUUUCAUGCAGAUUCCAACAAAAAUAAAAUCCAAAAGUUGUCAGGAAAAUCAAUACAAUACAAUAUUAAACCAAUUUUCCAAAAUGACAGAAAAUUUAAGUUUUAUAAUUAUCAACCCAAUGAAAUUAUAGUUAAAAAUAUUCCUUCGAUGUAUUAAUAUUUAAAGUAAUGAAAGUUAACUCCAGCAACAAUGCAAGAAAGACAAAAGGGAGAUAAUUCUACACAGAAACUCAAUGUGGCGCAGACUGCAUAAUUUGACCCAACUACUUUCAAGAUGAAACAAAAAAAGGAACAAAAGUUAAAAUUUAAUGAUCGCCCCCUUUCCAGGCGUAAUUUCAGCCAGUACAUUAUUUUCAUGGCGAACAUAGCAACUUUAUUGAAUCCUUCUAGAUAUGCGACAAGUAAGUGUCAUCGACCUGCAAUCGCUCCCUUCCCUAAACUAAAACAUGUGGGCUACAAAAUUUAGCCUUGUUUUAAAUUUCUUUUCAAAUAUUAUAAUUAUCCGCCAAAUGAAAUAUUAAUUUACAAUAUUCCAUUGGUGUAUUAAUAUUAAAAAUAGAACUCUAGGAAUAGGAACAAUCCAAUAAUAAACUAAAAGGAAAUCACUCAUCCUGGUGCGAAACGUCAAGCGUAAAUUGUUCAAAGUAUAUACCAUUGAUACUAUAUAAUAGUUGGAAAGGGCGUUUUGAAUACUAAUUUACUGUAUUACUAGUAAUAAUUAUUUAUAAAAUAAAUAAUGUUAAUAUUAGUAAGUAGCCUUAUGCCCUGGCCUGUAUGGCACAGUAUGAGCAUGGGAAUUUAUUAUUAUGACUAGUAAGUGCGAAUCAGUUUAUUAGGUGUCCGAUGUGACAGCCGCAACAAAAUAAAAUUGAAUUAAUAUAUACAAAUGUUUUUGAACAAAAGUCAACAAAGUUUUUAUGUUUACGAAUCUUUUGUGAAUUUUUCAACAAACAAGUCCUCUUUCAAAAUACAUCAAAGCAAUAUUAAUUUAUUUGUAGCAAGACCAGAGGAUGACUAAAAGAUAAUUGAAAAUUGAAUAACAAUGCCCAAUAAUUCCACUUGGUAAAGCUCCACAAAAUUUAACCAAAUGAACAAAUACCCAGUUACAUAAAGAACAAGAGGAUUUUGGAGUUGAAACAGUAGUUACCGUCUGUGCAUUCUAGAAAAACAAAAAGUGCUUAAUGGAUAAAUUGUAGAUAAUGAACCAUUGUUUGAUCAAAUUCAAAACGAUUGUGCGGUUAAUGAUCACGUUUUUAAGAGAAGUGUUAUAUAGUUUAUGCAAAAUAUUUACUGGAAACGGCAAGAUAGCUUCUGAUAUGGCAUACCAUAUUAUGAAUUAGUCCUAUCAGACCUUUCUUAACGUUUGAUGCAAUUAAUAGGCUGAUGUCUGCAUUCGUGCUAUCACGCAAGGACUACUGUAAUGCUCUCAUGGUGGGUCUUCCAGCUACGCUCCUGGAUAAAAUUAAAAAAGUACAGAAUAAUGUGGCUCGCAAUGUUUUUUGCUAAUGCAAAUUUGACCAUGCUAAAACACUUCUGAGAGAGUUGCAUUGGCUGCCGGUCCGCAGUCGCAUAGAGUACAAAAUUGCAACUCUGUGCUACCGCUGCUUGUGUGACCUGGCACUGUCCUAUCUCAAAGCGCUCAAGACGCCUUAUGUACCUUUAUGUAGACAACUCCGCUCAUCUGAUUAGUGGCAAACUCUCGAUACCAUGUGUUCGCCUUGAGACUUAUGGAAGGCACACGUUUGCAUUUGCUGGCCCAACAAUUUGGAACACACUUCCUGUCGCUCUCAGAAACAGCCAGACACUGGAGUCUUUCAAAACCGAUUGGAACACAUCUAUUUCGCAAACACCUGUUGGGGUGAUGUUUUCUACCAUCUUUUCCAGCUUGCUAUUAUCUCUUAGAUGUAUAAUGGCCUGUGUUGCUUAUGGUUGCAAGUGAUGAAAGACUUAGAAUGGGUAUUCUCGUGUGUAGUUUUUGUAAUGUUGCGUUUUGUAUUUCAAUGUGGUAACUAGGAUUUGUGAAGAACUUCUAUAUUUUGUUUCUAAAUGUGUCGAUAUGAAGAAAAUCAUACAGCAAACUAAAAUUAGUCUUGAAGUAAUAAAUAACAACAAGUAACAAUUUUGCCUUAUGCUGCUAUAUCAUACUGAGAUUUUUUAAUUUAUAUUUAGAAUCAUAUUCAGUAUUAUUAACUUGUUAUAUAUUUAUUGACUCGUUCAAUAUCCCAAGUAGCCUGCAAAUCAACGACUUACUCUAAAAUAAGUUUAUAAAAGUCUAUUAACAUGGAAUUUAUCUGGAAAAAAAUUUAAUAAUUUAUACUGAUUGACUGUGAACCAGAUAUGUAAAGGGAAAAAAUAAAUGAUAACCUGCCAAAUCAUAUCCACAAACAUGGAAAUAUCCUAAACGUAUGAUCAAUGACCUAUUAAUCAAUUUAUGAUAUUAUUUAUAUAAUAUUAUUAAUAUCUCACUUACAUUUUUUCUUACAUUUUUAACAUUGUUUAAAAGAUUUUAUUUUUAUUUUCGAUAUCAAUAUGGGUAUAAUAAAAAAAUUAUUAUUAGUUGGAUCUGUUUUUAUACCAAAGACCCUAUUAAAACAUUCCCCAUUAAUGGUCAAAAAUUCCAGGAGCCUGUGCCCAUUCAUCCAAAAUCGCCCUGGCCAAUUCAAUCCCUCAACCUGUCGUCCCCCCCCCCCCCCCCCCCGAUGACAAGGCUUAAUAUUGUAAUGAUAAUCCUGAUUAAAAGUAAUUAGAUUGGCUAGUAAUUUUACAAAAAUAAUUUGACAUUGCAGCCUAUUUCAAAUUAAAAAAUUUUAAAUUUUUUUAAAACAUUAAUUUGAGUACUAAUGUAAGAGAAAGUUAUUGAUGUUUAGCAACAUCACAUUAAUUACCGUUCAAUAUAAGGCAGUGAAUUUUGCGUUUCAGUUUUAUAUUUAGGGUGCUAUUUCAUUUCUCUUAUAAUUAUUUAAUUUUUUUUUAUGUGUAUAAUGAAGAUUUUAAAAAUGUAAAUUACUAAUGUGCAGAUGGGCUAUGCCAAUCCAGGACAAACAAGUCAUGGGAUUCACAUCAGACAAUUUAGCCGUGCUUUCAUCUUUGCCACAUCCCCUUCAAGUACCAGAACAGUCUUCAUCAGCAUAGAUGCCUGUUGGUCACCUGGAGCUGUUAAGCAACAAGUGGGUUUAUCAUGGUACCUGUUGGUCACUCAGAGGUGUUUUAAAAAAAAAACAUUGAUUUUAUUAUUGGUUCAAGAAUUCUUUCCACAUGGACAAAUAUGUUACCGGUAUUAUUUAAUUAUUGAAUUAGGACUUAUUUGAAAAGUGUUACGUUUUUUUGAUUGGCUUAUUGUUAUUUUUUAACUUGAUUCAAACUGUCUCCGUGAACCUUUCAGGUUGUCAAGGAGCUCAAAUCAGUGUAUGGAGAUUUGUACACAGAAAGAAAUGUCGCAGUCAGCGGCAUCCACACCCAUGGAGGGGCUGGAGGUUUCAGCCAGUAUCUGUUGUAUGACCUUACAGCAUUGGGCUUCAACCGUCAAGGUUUUGAUGCUCUUGUCAAUGGAACUCUUCAGGUUGAUCUUUUGCAUUAUCUUUUCUCUGACUGAACCUUCUCUACUUCGUCUCAGUGCCAGAUAGGGCUAUGCCGAUUGUUUCAGACUUUGAAAUUAGCCAUAAAAAUCUUAACAUUUUAAUCCAGUGUAUUUGGUAAAAGCUCCAAAUCACCUAAAAUUUAACUAAAAGCGUAUAAUUUUAUUUGAAAUUUUUUUUUUAAGGUUUACAAGCUAGUUAUUAAAAAUGUCUGAAUUUCUGCAUAGAGUAUUCAUCAAGCCCACAAAGCAAUGAGGCCGGCAGACAUCUACAUGAACAGUGGGGAACUCUUGGACUCCAAUAUUAAUAGGAGUCCCACAGCAUACCUUAACAAUCCAGAGGCAGAGAGAUCCAAGUAAGCAAAGCCAAAAUUAGAGCAAAUACACAUUAGUGAAUCUCAUAUUUAUGUACUAAUUAAACCAAUGUUUUAUUUUUUAUCGGUCAAAAUAAAACAAAACAUACUAAGUGCAUUGUAUAACACACUUUUCAAAUAAUAAAUUUUUGUAAUAUUUAUCAAGUAUGCAUGCCGAUUGGUACUAAAUAAUAUUCUGAUCAAAGUCCUUUAGCAUAUUUUGCAGUUCGACAUUCAUUGUUUUUUGGUGUUUGUUUUCAUCCAUCAUACAUACGCCUACUUGUCAAUUCUGUCCUCCCCCAUUACUCUCAUUUAUUUACUCCUUCCAUUUCAUGCCUUUGAUACAAGCCUCCCUCUUUUUCUCUUUUAGUCCAUUCCCAUGCCCAACUCUUAAGCCAAUGACCUGUGUUUCUUCAACAGGUACAAAUAUGAUGUUGACAAAGAGAUGGUGUUGCUGAAGAUUGUGGAUGAUUCAGGCAAGGACAUUGGAAUGAUUAGGUUAGUUAGACUCACCUCAGUUUUUAUUAGUCAAAAGAUUUAUAUUUAACUCUUUCGCUACGGAACAACGCACACUGCGUUCAACCGCAGUUUUCAAAAGGACAGACCAACGAACUGAGCAUUGUUUCAGUAUCAUAUUUGUUUCUUUGCUAUUUUUCUGUUAAACUUUUUAAGGGCUAUUUUUAAAUAAGACUUUUACAUAGAAGAGUGGUUAUUCAUUGUUUAUAAACGAAUCCAAGUUUAUUUGUUGUUAUUUGAAGCAUUAUUUUAAUGAUUUUGCUUUUUUUUUCUCUACUGUUGUUAUGGCUACACUAGCCCCUAGUAGGUGAGUAAGCUUUCCUAGAUGGUUAACAGCUCAAAAAGCUUUGGAAUUGUUUUAUACUAUUUCUUUUGAUAGUGAAGAUGAUUUAUAUUUAGAUCCAUCCCAUGAUUCCGAUAGUAGUAGUUUUAGAGGAUUUGAGUUAUAGGAAUGAUGAGCUAUGCGUACAUCAUAGGGUUUGGGGAAAAAAGGGUUUAGCAUAAAAUGUUUUCACAUUUUAUGGUUCUUUUCUGUAACUUAUUUUAGUUACACUGAAAAAAUAAGUUUAUAAACAUAUAGUCCUUUCAAGUAUAUUUCAUUUGAUACCAAGUUUAGUCUUAUGGACCAAACAAUAAUAUUUUAAUUUUUUUUUAAUAAACCCAACCUCCAACUCUUUUUUGCUCUUGAAAAAAAUGUACAUUUUUUCAUUUAAAAAAUUCCACAGCGAAAGAGUUAAACAUUACUCUCAAAACUUAAAUGUCAAUUGCUCCUUUGUUCUUAACACUUUACCUGUCGCCCCCCCCCCCCCCCCCCCCCCCCCCCCCCCCCCCCCCCCCCCCCCCCCCCCCCCCCCCCCCAGCAAUUACAGUUGUUAGUCUUGACCCACUAUUUUUCCAUUUUUUUUUAUGUUGAUUAGAUCUUUGACUAUUUGUUUACUCUCAGCAUCAAUUAAUAGAAUUUCUAAUUCCCUUCAAACCCUAGUUGGUUUGCUGUGCACUGCACAAGUAUGAACAACACCAACAAGAUGCUGACUGCUGACAAUAAGGGCUACGCUUCACUGUUGUUUGAGAAAAAAUUCAACCCGGACUCCCUGCCAGGAAAGGUAUGUGUGGAAGCAGGUCAGUUAAGCUCAGUAGCUUCGCUCAGUUUGCUUCUAUUAUUCCAUCCAAGACUUUGUUCAUUGUACAAGCUGGUCAAUUGCUCAGGAUUGUUCAUUUUUAAAAAACCUUGGGAUAUUGCUCAUAUAGCAUUUGCAAUAAAAACUGAGUUGAUUUAAUUGAUCCCAUUGCCUCUUGCUGGAAGGGAUUAAUUAUUUCAAAGUCUCAAAAGCAAUUCAGGGUUAUAAGGAAUUGGCUUUUAAAAAUACAAUAAUUCUUAAAUUCCUCAUAAUAAGUUACAGUUUUAAAAUAAACAUGUGCUGCUUAGUGUGUUUAAUUGAUAAAGAAAUUGUUGAAGUCUUAGUUUCAUCUGAGUUGUGAGAGAAGCAUAAGUUUUAAGUGGUUCAGUUUGAAGUUUGUUACACCAACAGUUAGCUGUACAUGUAUUUCCACGAACAGGGUUCCUUUGUGGCAGCGUUUGCUCAGAGUAACUUGGGAGAUGUGUCUCCCAAUACACAAGGUCCCCACUGCUUAGACACAGGUCUGCCAUGUGAAAGUCAGACCAGCACUUGCAAUGCCAGGGUAUGUAUAACCAAAGCGUUAUAGUACUAGAACUAUAUAGUCGUCAGGUUAUUGUAUAGUUGGAAGUUUAUGUGUGACUAAGGUAAUGUAGUACUAUAUAAAUGGAAGGGUAUGUGUUACUUAAGUAUACAAAUAGAAGGCUAUGUGUGACUAAAUUAUAUUAAGGGAAGGGUAUUUGUGACUAAAUUAUAAAAAUUGAAGGGUAUGUGUAAAUAAAAUAAUUUUUUUUAAAAUUAACAAAUUUGCUGAUGAAAUUACGUGAAAAUACAUAUGCUCCCUGUUAUUCUGAGUCGGUAACUACGAUUUUCUCUAGAUUAAAAUUGAGCUGUUCACAUACAGACCUACUUUUAUUGUAGUGAAUGUUGUAUUGCAGCUGAAUUAGUUACAAUUAUUUCUAUCAUUUAUUAUUAGAAGUUUUAUAUUAAAACAAGGAAUUUAUGUUAAGAUGCUUUUAACUUGUAACAAGCUGCAACAUUUUACUGUUUUUCACUUUUAAAAUCUGACUGCUAUGAAAUUUAAGUCUUGAAUUAACAUUGUGUCACAUAUUAUAUUAUAUUAUAUUGUGAAAGAAAUAAAUCACAUUAAAUGAAAUAAAACCAAUGCCACCAAAAUAUCAUCUUAAAGUAAUUGUUUUAUGGUGAUUAUUUUCUUACUAAUAUUUGGUUUAGAAUGAGCAGUGUGUAGCAUUUGGUCCAGGUAAAGACAUGUUCGAGAGUACCAAGAUUAUUGCUACAAAUCAGUUUAAUAAGGCUUUGGUGAGUCCCAUCAAUAAUAUAUUAUGUUUACAACAAUGACACAUUGUUUAAUGUUACUGUAAAUGACAUGUGGUCAAAUUUUUCUCUCCUACGACAUGUGGUCUAAAUAUUUCUGUCCAGUGGCCGAAUGAUAGGAAGGUGACAUUCCCAUAUGUUCUCAGAUAUAAAAUCAAUUUGCAUGCUUGGGUGUCCUCCCUGAUUAACUGCAUCAUUAAAUAAGCAUUGAUUCUCAGAGCUGUGAACUUUGUCUCCAAAUAAGAAGUUGCUCACGGAAGUCCAUGCAGAUAAUAAAGUAAUACUGAAAUAUUUGUAUGACUGUGAUUCUUACUAAAUUUGUCAAUAAUUAUUUUUUUCUAGUGUAUUGUCUUAUGCACAUUUUACUUUGAAAUAGCCAGAAAGAAAGAAAUGAACUUACCAUUUUAUGUUUGACAGGAUCUCUAUAACACUGCACAAAUAAAACUCACUGGACCAGUGGAUUUCCGUCAUUCCUAUGUGGACAUGACUAUUCAAAAUGUCACUUUGGCCAAUGGUACUCAGGUAUGUCAACUUUGGGGGGGGGGGGGGGGGGGGGUUUGAUACGUCCCAGGUGGCACUUUUGUUUAUGUUAUUACCAACACUGUGUAACAGAUUUGUGCUGAGCCGCUCAAAGGAAAGGCUGUGCAAAACAUGAAGGUUGCGCCCCCUCCCCCCAACUUUUUUUUGUCCUCCAAUAACUGAUAUAUUAUAGGCUUCAAAACCCGCGUUUUAUUCUACACUGUGUCUAUAUUGGUUACUUAAAAUAAUGAUGUGACUCAAAAAUUAUUAUAAUUACUUUAUUAUAUUUAAAUUUUGUGAUCCAGUCAUUUAUGUUCUACAAAUAGGUUCAAACAUGUAAACCAGCGAUGGGUUAUAGUUUUGCUGCAGGGACGACUGAUGGUCCAGGAGCUUUUGAUUUCAGGCAGGGUGAGAAAUGUAACAGAAAUUAAUAUCUCCUCUUAACCUGGCUCUCAAAAUCCAAGAUGUGCACACAAAAAACAGGUUGCUGCAUGUAUUACUAAACCAACGUAUAAAAUACUGACAUACAUUAAAUUAAUUAAAUGAAAUGUUUGCAAAAUAACUUUAAAACUUUUAAAUGUCAACAUGUCAGGCAGUAACAGCAGCAACCCAUUCUGGAACUUUGUCAGAGAUCUCAUCAAAGACCCUUCAGAAAGGCAGGUCAAGUGUCAUCAGCCAAAACCAAUUCUGUUAGACACUGGAGAGGUGAUAUGCUGUUUAUUGAACAUAUUUUUAUAAAACUAUGCAUAUCCCAUAUGCAAAUUACAAAAAACCCUGGAAGUUUGAAUCAUGACAUUUUAAUUAAUUUUGUUUUCAUGAAUUUGAUCAGAAGUGCCCGUAAAAAGAUUUUUAUUUUAUUCUUUACAUCUGCAGCAAAGCAGCUCUAAUGUUAUCAAAGGAAAUAACAAUGAAAUUAACUUGGGUAUUCAUUUAAUUUUUUUUUUUUUAAUGAAUGAAAAAGAAAGUCAAGUGUUUAUAAUAUUAUAAAAUAUGAGGUAAAAAGCAUUUUAAUGUGUAUUAUUUGCAUGAAUCAACCCAUAUAUUAUGUUGAUGAUAUUUUCUUAAUCUCUUGAGCUCUAAAUGAUAGAAUUGUAUGAGUUUUUAUAUUAUUUUUUUUCCCAUGCAACUUUAUAACAUUGGUUUCAUCCUAUGGUUUUACUUUGGCUGUAUCAAGUUCGUUGGUUCUGAUUUUUGUUCUUUUCCUAUUAGAUAAAAGAACCCUACCUAUGGCAACCCCAGAUAGUUGACAAUCAAAUUCUUCGUAUUGGCCAAUUCAUUAUUGUUGCUGUUCCUGGAGAAUUCACGUAUGUGCCAGAAGACAACUUUGAUCACAUAAUAGGAAUUAACUGUAGAAAUCUAGAUUCGUUUUGUGGCUGAAAAUUUUUAAAAAAUUCAAUUAAAAUUCAAUCAAAUAAUUAGAUGUAAUAUUUAUUACAUUGAAGUUUUAAUAAUUUUUUUUAUUGUUAUUUCCUCAGAACUAUGUCUGGUCGUAGGAUGAGAGACAACAUUUACAAUGUACGUUUUUAUUUUAAAUGCACAUUUUUGUUAAUGUCACUGGAUUAAUCUGCCCAACGUAGGAGACGGACGCAUAAUUUGAUGAGACAGUAUGGCAACAGCUUAGUGAUGAAAUUUUGUCAGGAGGCUAAUCAAAUAACUUGGCAAUAGAUCAGACAAUUCAAAUGCAAUAAGCUAAUUAAUUAAAUGAACAACCGUAUUUCAUGUUAUAGGCAUAAGAGUGUUAUUUCUUUGCUAUCAUUGGACUUUUAAGACAAUAUACCUUUUAAGAUAAUAUACGAUUUCCACUAUGAGACAGGUGUCAUAAAAAAAUAUAUUAAGUUUAAUCUUUGUUGACAUUCAACAGACUCUUGUCCAGGAAGGUUUUCCUAACAACACAAAGGCAGUCAUUGCUGGUUUAUCCAAUGAAUAUGCAGAUUACAUCACAACAUUUGAGGAAUACCAAGUAAGUGUCACCUUGUCGUUGACUGGUUCAUUAUUCUCUGCCUCUCUCUGUUGGUAAAUUGUUCUUAUCUUUGACAUUCUGAACAAAAGUUGUUUAUAUUUUCUGUCUUACAUUCUCAGAUCCAAAGAUAUGAGGCAGCUUCCACCAUUUAUGGCCCACACACACUUGAAGCUUAUUUACAAACUUACAGGCAGCUUGCAGUCCAGCUGGCACAGGUAAAGUCAUUAUGAAAACUUCUUGAUCCUACCAUUGUAAAACAUUAAAUACUAGGGCUUAACCGGGUCCAGUUUUAUUUUUUAAACCGAGUCCAGGUAUUUUGAGAAAAUGCCCGGUGGGUCCAAGUGAUACACAAUAAUUUCUCAUUUUCUACAAACAAUAGUCCUACAGACAGUCCUACAACCUACAUGUCGGUCUUAAAAGAAUAGUCCUACAGACAGUCCUACAACCUACCCAUGGCUAUUUAUUCAUUAACAUAACAGAAAGAAAAAAAUUCAACCUUUUUACCCGAGUUCAACAGUAAUGCAUGAGGCUCGCUGCUUGACGGCUUUUUUUUUUUUUCACUCAGUACUCUUAAAAUAUAAAACAUGCUGAGUAGGGGGAGGGCGGGUUUUGAAAAGGAAGCAGCCAUAUCAGAAGCUAAGUAAAUACAAGAGCUAAUAAUUGUAAAAGUAGCAUGUAGAUAAAAAAAACUUAAUUAUUGUUAUUUGACCAACUAUUUUACAUCUAAUUUUGUUAGAUGUACCUAAGGUAAAAUGCUGCCGACUUGCCUCAAUACUAAGAUAGAGAGUAUGAAACAAUGCAAAUUUAUAUUUGUUUUACUUAUUUCUUUCAGUUUAUGUUUAGCCUGGUAUCAAUGACAAAACUAAAUCAGAUAAGAAACCUCCUCUGUUGAACAGCAGUAGCCUUUUAAAGGGUUUAUAUAUUAUUGGGCUUUCAUUUAAACAGAGUGAUUUUUGUGUGCAGCACCAUGAUCCACAUUGCAGUAUUUAUGAUGAACUUGUUUCCACACUAUGGUAAAUAUUAAGAAAGAAUCUGUUUCAACUAAAAUCAUGUGCUUCAAUAGAAUGUUUUUUGAGGCAGGUUUUCAGCUUACCAGAACACCUUACAUCUUAUGUAAGCAACCGCAGCUCUGAGGUGUGAGGUCAUUUAUUAUGAAUUUUGAAUACAUUACAGGGCAAGCCAUCUCCCCCUGGGCCAUCACCACCCAACCAACUGGACAAGCAAAUCUCUUUUAUACCUGGCGUUAUAUUUGACUCGGCCCCGGCUGGGAAAAAGUUUGGUUCUGUUAUAACUGAUGCUCAGUCUUCAUAUGCUCAGGUAAUUCAUAUGUUUGGCUCUGUUACUCCUAACGGUAAUUCAUGUUUGGCUCUGCAUAUCCUCUGGUAAUUCAAAUUUUUGGAACUGUUGUAAGGAAUGCACAGUUUUCAUAUGUUCAGGUAAUUGGUAUGAUUGGCUCUGCUUAUCUUCUGGUAUUUCAAAUUUUUUAAAACUUUAUUAGGGAUGCUCAGUCUGAAUAACUGGCAAGUAAUUUAAAUGACUCUUGGGUAACUCAAUAACUAUUGAGCAUGCAUCAAGUCACCGUGCACAGUACAAUCCACUGAAUUCAUCCACCUAUAAAUCAAGUUAUGAAACAGCAACAACAAAAAAUCUAUCAUCAAAUGCACCUGACAGUUGGUAAGACAGGAAGACCACCAUUAGUUCCAAUUUGUAUGAUUUGGUGCCAAGUUAAAGGAUUAUUUGAUUUGACUUUUUUGUUUCAGUAAAAGUAUUGGUAAAGAUGAGCAAGGCUCCUUUACUCCAAAGGUUCUUUGUCAUUUAUAUUUGGCUUACUUUGAGCUUCUUAUAUAAUUCAUUUAAAUCAGGGCAAAUGCUUCUUGAAGUGCAGGAAGAAAAAAAUCUCUUUCAUGUUCUACAUUUAAUCUGAAAUUGUAUUUAUUAGACACCAUGUCUCCAACACUUUAGCCUAUGAAUUCGUUUCGCAAUACAAAAUUUUAUAUAAUUUAUCCAGGGUUCAAGGGUCACAGUUACAUUUGUAAGUGCAAAUCCAAGAAACGACCUCAAGGUAAUUUUUUGGUUACUGUCUAUCACCCAAAUCAUUUUGUUAUUCAUUUAUGUUGUAUUCAAAAUUGAAAUUUAUUUGGUUAAGAUUUUUUAAAAUAGCUUAUUCGAACCUCAUCAAUUGUAUUCCAUCUAGUUAGGUUACUUUUACUUAUAUUUUUUAAAAUUGCUUAUUCUUUACCUCACCAAUUUACACCUCAUGAUUGUCUGUAGGCCUAUUUAGUUUUGCAAAAUCAUGCAACUUCAUUCAUCUUUAUAGUAAUUUUCAUAUUUCUUUGUGUAGCCUGCAUGAUUUGCCUGAGUGAAGUUUAAACACUUUCUGCUCAUUAUGUUAAUAUUAUCAGCAUCAAUUAACAUUAUUUCAUUCCUUCAUUUCAGACCGGUGAAACUUUUCUAACUGUUGAGAGAAAGAACAAUGAAGGUAUCUGGGUUGUACAAUACACAGACUCUUGUUGGGAGACAAGGUAAUCUGCUACUUCAGAACCGGUUAAUUUGUAAUGAUAUUUUCUAUGUCUAAAUGUAUCAUUAAUAAUACUUGUUGCUUAUUUAUAAAAAUUUUCUUUGAGUUAAUUAAUUUAACAUAUUUUAAUUUUUUAAAUCAACAGGUUUAAAUGGGAACUGAAAAGUUUGAUUUUGGGCCACAGUGAGGUUACCAUAACUUGGGAUAUUCCCGUUGUGCAGCAGUCUGGUACUUAUCGAAUGUGCCACUUUGGGACAUCAAAAAGUAUCACUGGCAAAAAGACUCCAUUUGUUGGAGUAACAAGAGAGUUCACAGUUAAUGGCUCCACCAGGAAGCCUACAAUCUAUUCAGUUGUUCAAAUGUAGUGAGAAGUUGUUGUUUUUUUACCUUUUUUAAUUAUUAAAUUCUCCUGUUUUGAAUCAGAGAAAAUUCUUUAAAGAUAUGUGAUAUUUUUUAUCAAAAUUUUAAUAUAUGCACUAUUAGAUGGUACACAAGUCACUCUCAUUCUGGACAGCCAUAAUUUUUAACUUCAGUAUUUUAUAUAUUUUUUUUAUGUUCACGCAUUACUCUCUUCAUUUUUUUACUGGCGAGACCAGGGGAUAGGAACCUACCGACUCCCGAGUUGCUUUGAUCUUUCUCUUGUAGUUCUUGGAUACUACUAGUUGCUAGAUCAAAAUUUAGUAUUUGGCUCCUUGCCAUGAGAAUUUCCCGACCCCUGGGCUAGACUAAUUAAACAGACAAAUAAGUAUACCUGAUACAAUCAAAAGAAAUGCAGUAACGGUAGAGCUCAGUUUGUUCAAAUAAGAGUGACAAUUUUUUUUGUUUAAUAAAACUUUAUUUCUCUUCUACAACUGAUACUAGGCAGUAAAAAGGUAAGCAACUCUUUUCAAUGAUCUGUCACUGUUAUGAAACUGUUUUCGUUCCACUAAUUUGUGAUUAAACCUUGUGAUGAUGCACUUUUACCUGACUUGAUUGGAUUUGGCAAAAAUUUGAGGUGUUAUUUUUUUUUUUUGGUCCACUUUUAUGUAUUUAUUUAUGUAUUUUCAAAAAGGCUUGCAUUCAAAUUGUACCAGUCAUAUAAACAAUUUUUAACACAGGUAAUUCCAUUCCAUGGGGUUUUCCACCAUUCUUAACCAGAGUUUCUUACUUUGUCACCACCAAUCCUUGCAACAAAUUUAGAUUUAAUUUAAUCAAUCGUUGAAAGAUUGUUUAAUAAACACUGUGUGGAUGGAGGUGAAGUGGGCCUUGUUGUCUAUUAAAUGUCUUUAGUCUCAAAUUUUUGUCAUUUUAUGACAGUUGAAACCGAGUCAUUUUUCGAUUUACAUUACAACUUAAUCAGAUUCAAUUAAUGUCAACAGAUUCAAUACUUUUGAAUGUUGUUCCUACCUCUCAAUAAUUAAUUUGUAUCUUUGUCUGCUGCAAUAAGAAUUAGAAAAAUUGAAUUGCCAUACUGAAUAACUUUAUAAUAUUUGAUGAUUUUAAUCAAAAAAUGUUCAUAACCUGCAUUUUUUAUAUUUUUAUAUUUUUUUACAUUUAUAAAGAAUGUAACUUUUUGUUGCUCUGAGAAAAAUGUUCCAAAUGCUUUGCUAAUACUUAAAUUAUUUUUAGUAUUUGGUAUCAGUGUGACUGUAGGGGUUUAUUUUUUUUUUAAAUAACCUUAAAGAACUUUGAAAAAUUAAUUGUGUGAAACAAGAGUUUUAUGGACUGAAAUCUGUGUGAUUUGUGAAGUCAAAGAAACCUUGAAGAACAAACGUAUUUAAAGAUAAAUGAUUGUGAUUGCCCAUGAUAAAACAUUUUGCAUUUUAACUUCACCUUGUUACAGAUAAAACACUCAUGGGGAUUUUUAUGUUUUUCGCAUUAAAAAAUGGAGUGAGCAAAAAAUAAUACAAUUUUAUUUUUUUUGUUUGUUCAUGCAGAAAUUAUUUAGAAUUGUAUGAAAUUGUUAAACAGUUAACAUAAAUCUUUUAUAAUAAACAUUGCAACAUGUUGUACAAGGGCAGCAAUUUUUUUUAAGAUCAUUUUUUUCUUCCAUGCAAGUAAUUUUUAUAAAUAAAUAUAAUUCAAAAUCUUUAUUUUUGUGACUUCAAAUAAAACUUUAAUAAAUAUCACAUUUUAGUGAGGAAAAUGCAUGAUACUAUUUAUAACACAAAAUUAAUGUAAAAAUCAACCCAUGGAUUAUAUCCCUUUAAAUUCAUCACAUCCAGUAAAACUAAUUCUUAUUGAGUAUAGAGGCCUGAAUUUAUAUAUUUUUAAUUGCAAGAUUCAAAGAAAAUGCUCUACUAUAUAAACAAUUAUGAUAGACUAUAUACAAAUAAAAGCUCUUGAGAUAAUGAAAAAAGUAAAUAAUAAACUGCACAAAGAAUAGAG